AUGGCUAAUGGUAAUCACUCAUCAGUGUCUGAAUUUAUCCUCUCAGGGCUCACAGAUAAUCCAGAACUUCAAAUCAUCCUCUUUGGUGUAUUCCUAGUCAUUUACUUAGGUAGUGUCAUGGGUAAUCUUGGACUGAUUGUGCUAAUCCAAAUCAGUCCUCAGCUUCACACACCCAUGUAUUUUUUCCUCAGCCAUCUGGCUUUUGUUGACUUUUGCUUCACCUCCUCUGCCACCCCCAACAUGCUGGUGAAUCUCCUGCGUCAAGUUAAAAGUAUAGCAUUUUUUGCAUGUGCCAUUCAGGUCUGCUGCUUCAUCACAUUUGUAGUCUGUGAAGUAUACUUGCUGUCAAUCAUGGCAUAUGAUCGGUAUGUGGCUAUCUAUAACCCUUUACUUUAUGUCAUUCUCAUGCCUAGGAAACUCUGUAUGCAAAUGGUUGCUAGCACAUACAUCUAUGGAUUCGCGGUGGGUCUUGCACAGACAGUAGCAACAUUCCACUUGUCUUUCUGUGACACCAAUGUGCUCAAUCACUUCUACUGUGAUGAUGUCCCCUUAAUGGCUCUGGCUUGUUCUGACACUCACAUCAAAGAGAUGAUGCUCUUAAUCAUCGCUGGUUUCAAUACCUUAUGCUCUCUAACGGUUGUGAUCAUUUCUUAUGUCUUCAUCCUCUUUGCCAUUCUGAGGAUUCGUUCAGCUGAAGGAAGACAGAAGGCAUUCUCUACCUGUGCAUCCCACCUGACCUCCAUCACAAUAUUUUAUGGGACAAUUAUUUUUAUGUACCUGCAGCCAAAGUCAAGCCAUUCUCUGAACACAGAUAAAUUUGCUUCGGUGUUUUACGUAGUAAUAAUUCCCAUGUUAAACCCAUUGGUCUAUAGCUUGAGAAAUAAGGAGGUAAAGAGUGCUCUGAAAAGAACGAUAUAA